AUGGAAGUCGAAGAUUUCUCCUCCAUCACAAUCUUCACGCUUGUAUUACUGUCAAUACUGACUAUCUUUGCUGUACUUGGUAAUGGCUUCGUUCUUGGUAUCCUUGCUCGGUUUAAGAAGCCUCGCACCUUUGCAAACAUUCUUAUUGCCAAUCUGGCGUUGGUCGAUUUUUCCAACGCACUGAUCAACGGACCUAUAUACCUACUUUGGAGUGUCUUGAAAGUCAAAUGGUUUACAGGAAAGACUUUGUCAAUUUUUGCGUCCCGCUUUUUCUUUCUCCUUAACGUCGUCUCCAUGUUGGUGCUGCUGGGAAAUGCUUUUCUAGCGAUAGCACUGAACCUGAAAUAUUUCACCUGGAAGACCAACGAAAAAGCUUUGGCCAUAGUGCUGGGUGUGUGGAUGGUCUGUGUUACCAGCGCGGUUAUAUCCUUAUAUCCUCAUUUUGACACCGACCUUCAAGAUGCUUCUGUGUCCACAUAUCGUCGUGCUUUUAGGAAUCAAAGUACUGUGCUUUUCACCGUAAUCGGCGCGUCGUUCAUUGUCACUGCAAUAGUACUUGGCGUCAUGGCUUACUGCGCUAUUCAAUUGAGGAAACGGCAGGUAAAAAGACAGAGGGUAAAUUAUAUGACCUUCUAUAUUCGACAACUUUUCGUAAAAUCUUCAUAGUUUGCUUUACAGACGUUAGCACGUUAAAUAUUUCUCCGCAUGUAAGAAGAAAAAACGAAACUCUUCUGACAUGUAAAUUUUUUUAUUGUCUAGAUGAAAUAGAAAGAAUAAGCAAAGAAAUGCAUUUAAGAAUGGAAAAAAAGGGGGUCGAAAUGCCACUUCAGAGAGUGAACUACAGUCAAAGUUAAGAAAUGGCUGUCGGGCUGUACCCUGCGUAGCUGGCGGUUUUGUGUUGAGAGCGCGCAAAUGAGAAGCGAAGCUGCGAAAGCGCGGGCGAACGAGCGCGGUCUCAUUCUCCUUGCGGCAUCACCGCACGCCAUUGUCCCCCUCCUAACAUAACUGCCAGUUAAGCUAGCUAGCCGGACUCAUGUACAUUUCUCCCUUAUUGCGCGUGGCCUGACACUGGGGCAUAAAUACGCAGCCCGUACUGAGAUGCUAUUGAAAAAUUCUGAGCAAUUGAGAUAAUGUAACGGUUCGGGAUUCCAGGCCGCCGGGAUAACGUGAAACUAAAAACAAUGUUUCAUAUCUCUUCAACCUCUAGAGGCCACCCAGUAGCAUUCAAUUCAUAAGUUAUCUAAAACCUUUUCCACUUACAGAGAAAGCGGCUAAACCUGCCUCGACUCCAGAGUGACGCCAGACAGCAAAUGGAUAUCAAAGCUGCCAAAACCAUCUUCAUUGCUGUCCUCGCAUUCCUUGUAUGUUACAUUCCGCCCGUUUGCGUUGUUGCCUGGACUCGUGUCAAGUCUGGCUCCAAUGACAGUGCUUGGCUUAGACACAUUGUCUACAUUUCCACGCUCACGUCGAGCGGGAUGAAUCCUGUAAUCUAUUGUUUCCGAGUCAGAAGGUUUCGCCGCGCACUCAAACAGCUUCUAAAUGAUCCCUGUGGAAAGACUCCUUUCCAAGAUUCCGACCAAAAGCUACGAUUCAAACACAAUGUUCCACAACAGAAUGCAAGAAAAAUGGGUCUCUCAGCACGAAGGUUUGGAAAGCAGGGAAAAGGUGGAAGUGAAGAUGAGGUAUGUGGAUUAGACGGCGUACCUUACCUGGUCAGGGCUUUGUCACCGCAAAAGCACCAAUCUGAGAACAUCCCACAGUUAACAUGGGCGGAGAACCACCCAAGAAACUGCGCAGGGACAUGCUGCAGGGUUGAGAGUCCAGCACCCACAGCAGACUACACAUGUCAUGUAGUCACAGUGGAGGUACACCCAGUACCUAACAACAAACCACUAAAGCAGAAAGUAGCGAAAAAGCCAACAUUAUGUGAUGUUUACACCGGAAAGGAACACUUUGUCCGUAUUCAUUCAAAUUCAAAGGACCAACCUUCAAAACGAAAAGUCCGCCCUGAGAAUCAUGACAUGUACACUAGCAUUCAAACAGCGCAAGAAUUCACCGCAGAGGAGGGCAUUAUUCUCCACAAGGAAAAACCAACAAACCACACAAUUUCACAACAUCUUCCGACCAGCGCAGACUGUAUAGAUCAACUCACUGAAGAGAUAAACGUGGAACCGAAGGAGAGGCCAUCAGACCAGACAAUGUUAGAAAGUCCAACAGUCAAUGCUAAUUCUAAUGUGUAA